CAAAGAGAGAGUGAUGAUCCGUUCUAAUCCUUGUCGCAAACUGAUGAUGAAAAUCGCUAACAAUGCAUGGCAAUAUAACCGAUCAUCAGUUCAGAGAAUUAAUCGAACAGCUAACAGCCCAUUGUCCUUCUGUCGUUCCUUUUGUCAAUUGGAUCGAUGCCACGUAUGAAACUUUCGUCGAUUCUCCACCUUCAGUCAAAUCUUUAGUCCGUGCAAUCGCUGCAAGUUCCCCGGUGUGUGGGUUCAUAAGACCGAACGAAAACGUCCAUGGUCUAAUUGGAGAGCUUAUCAGCGGUGUAAAUGUUUUUAGUUGCCCAGUGAAGGUGAAGCUUCUACAUGAGGAGUGCCCAGUUCUCUUUGCUGCUCUUCGUGACCUCGGUUCUUCAAUUUUACCACGGACGUGGCGUCCAAUGUUUCAAGAAUUAUUGACAAAAUCGCUGGCUCCAUUUAUAGAUGGUACUUCAGCCCCUCCGGCGUCGUUUAGCGAUGUACAUGCCGAUGUAUUGUCAUUUUUUCCGACUUUGCCAAAACGUCGACCCCGAAAUUUUUACUUGGCCGAUGCAACACGUCGAAAAGAAGAGAUCUGCACCAAAAAACAUCCUGGUCAUUCCUUUUUCCUUCCCGGUAUAUUCACGCUGUUUUGUCCACACGGUAAUUUGUUGUUUGGUACUACUUUUAUCUUAAUUAUGAAGUACAACUAUACGAUUCCCAUUAAUUGUAUUUCAAACACUCGUUAAUAAUUCAUACGCUUUUGGCAAAUCAUGUCAACCUGAUAAAACUAAUUUUCAUUAGUAUACUUUGCAGUCGUGUUUUAUCAUAUCUAAAUGCGAGUGCGCAUCGCAAUUUGAAUAUGAUAAAACACUCCUGCGCGUGUUUUAAAUAGUACAUAAAAUCCCCAUAAUGUUAGGUUAUUAGUUCAUGAACAUGUGCGGUCGUUUUAUUUUGCCUAAUGUUAUUUGUGUAGUUUUAAUCCCUUGUGAAACACAAGACACGAGUUUAUGAAAUACCAUGUAGCUAAUGUUCUGUAAUGUUUAAAUUGGUUGUUAUACAGCAAACUAAAAAGCGGGUGUCCUUUGCAAACCUUAAACUUUAAACCUUAAACUCUCAUGCAGUGCGCAAAGCUUAAUACAUGGGAGCACAAGUUUCAAGCUUAGUAGUUGAAUAUUGCAGCUAUUUGUAAAUGGAUUGUUUUCCUAAGGAGAUAUUUACCAUGUCUCAUCUAUAAGAAAUGGGCUCCAUAUUUUGGCUGCAUAUAUGAUUUCUAAACUGAUUAAAUGGUGCUCCUAUUAUGCUUUUAACGCUCAGAGUUUAAGGUUUGGCGUUUAAGGUUUGCAAAGGACAAUAUUUUUUUAAUUAAUAGCUGUAUAUGAAUAUAUUUUUAGGAUUUAACUACGGGUUUGAAGUGAUGCAAAAGCACGAAUCACCAAAUGUGCCCUUCACCAUAUUCUUAACAAGAUUUGGAAAAGGUAUUUGUAUGACUGUUUUAGUAAAUCUUUUUUUACUAAUUUUACCUGUCAUUACCACGCGGUGUGGGUCCGGCAUGACCAUUCCACAAAUUACUAAAUGAACAGUUAUAUAUAAGUUUCAGGGCCGUUAUUAAAACAACUCAUUAAUAUUUUUAUUAUUGCUUACUGUUGUACAAUAACUACAGAAAAACGCGCAAUUUGAUAGGUCUAUAGCCGUGCAGGAUCAGGCUAUCCUGCACGAGGAAUUAAAAUGCCUUCGCAGAAUUUUCGCGGGAUUCUAAAAAUGUCAUUGUUUCACUGUAGUUAUUUUUUAAAAUAAUUACCAAAUGGUUUUCCAAGCCGGAUAGCGUGAUCCAUGCCGCGAUUGGUAUGUUGCUGGGAAGUGUCGCGACAUCCCUCGUGCGUGGAUUACGCAAUCCUGCACAGAAAAUCGUUCGGUGUUCUUUUAUUAAUAUAUUUAUAUUAUAUUUCAUUUUGUUUGUAACCAUGUGGCGUCAUUUACUCAAUUACAUAUAUAAUAAGAUGUCAGUAAUUGUGUGUAUCUUUGCUAUUUUUUAUCAAAAUAUUUCGAAAGAUGCGGCGCGUUUGUUAAUUUAACCUGCAUCAUUAAGCAUACUGUUUUUUAAAAAUAAUCCAUCAAAAAUAGCAAAGAUACACACAAUUACUGAUAUCUCAUUAUAUAUAUAAGUGAGUAAAUGACGUCACAUGGUUACAAAGAAAAUGAAAUAUCUCAAGAACUAAGCAUGGGAACAAAAAUCUUCAAAACAAGUUACUGUAUUAUACAAUUUUAAAAGCAGUUUCGUUGAAGAAAAUAAAAAUUUUGAUCAUAGUGCCCAUUUAAACAUCCGUUAACAUAUAUACAUUUUUUGCCUUUUCAGCUCCGCGAAUCAUAAUCUACGACAAUGCAUGCAAUCUGCACAGCUACUGCCUAAACAGGAACCCUGUGUUUUUUAAAGAUACGAUUUUCUUGGUUGAUCGAUUUCACUGGAAAAACCAUAAAGGUUGUAUGCGGCAACGACUAUAUAUAGUGAAAUUUUUAUACUAUUCCAUUUUUUUACUAUAGGGACCGUUCAAGACGUUCAUUAUUUAUAACCUAGGGUGGGGUGGG